UCACCGGAGCCCUUUCAGCUGCGUAAGUGGUGAAAGGCGACAUAAUGUUCCUACAGCCAGAUCUGGACUGAGAUUGAGAGACGCAGAGACGGCUGACAGGCACGCAGCAGGAGGACCGCAUUAAAGUAUUGGGGGCAGCAUGUUAAAACCACAGGGUUGCGGCGACUUUUUGCUGCACAAGUCCCCUCCGGUUUUUGGGAAGCCGUGGUUCUGGCAGCGCAGCAGCAGCACCAUGGAGAGCACCCGCGGCCUGGCGCAGGUCAUCAUGGAAAUGCGGGACGAAAUCAAGAAGUUGGAAACUGAGAACCAGGAGCUGUGCGGGGGCCACGCACUGUGCUCAGUGGGGCCCACGUCAGAGGAAGACUUGGAGGAAAAAGAGCCCUUUGAAAAAGUGGAAAACCCUUAUUUGAACCUGAGACGGAAUGUGUCUGAGCCAGUACUGGAAGGAAAAUUUAAAGAGAACACGGUCAUGACAGUCAGAAGAUAUUCUACAAGCUCUAAUCUCUCUGGAGUGACAACAAGAGGGGCGAGGAUUAACACAGAGCACAAUAACUCUGUGUGGAGAAGACUGCAGGAAGAAAUUCAGCAUGGGGAGGAUGUGUUUACCAACUCUGUCAAAGCAGAAGUUCAGAAAGUGAACACCAGACACUCCUUCCAGGAAUAUGUUCAUAAAAACAGAGCAAAAGUAAAAACAGUGACUUUUCUGCUACCUGUUGAUGACAUUUACACCAGCCGGCCUGCUCUGAUCAAACACCAGGAGGAGCCCAGAGUGACAGACCUGGCUUCUAUAACUGAGACAGAUUCUUGAGGCAAUUUUUAAAGACUGUUGUAAACAUAAACAAACUCUUCAUCAGACCCAUGUUGGCCCUUCUUUAUGCGACACAGUUUAGAUCGGGUGUAAGCUGAUAAUAAGAAGUUAUCAGCGUUGCUUUGUAGCAGUCCAUGCUUCUUCGGUAUAGACAACUCGCAAAUCUCACUGAGGACAGGAUCAGGUGUCUGGACUCUCCUAACCUGAGUCAUUGCUUUUUCAAGGUGACACACAAACCUACAGGUGACAAUUCUCUUGUGGACAAUUGUGGCGGCUGACUCAGACCUGCUGAGCUACUUCAUCUUCAUUAUUUUUUCAUCACAGUUCACAAGACAAUCUGAUUAAUAGGCUAUUUGAACUGGUUCUUGACAGUCUUUCACAUGAAUGGUCUGUAUUUUUGAAGUCAAAAUAACUAACUUCUUAUUUUCCAUGUUACACAGUACAUUUUCCUUUAAAAUAGAAACUUUUUCUAUCUUAUUCAGCUUUCAUGAGUCAGGUUUCACCUGCGCGACAUUUGAAUCAAAGAGCAUUUGUUUGCUUUGCUAAAGUUUUUACCUACAGUUGAUAACUUAAACCAGAUAAUCCUAGACAAGAAACUAAUUUUUCUUCACUACAACUGUGUUUACAUCUGUAUUACACCUUUUACAAUCUAAACUCAGGUUUUAAUUAUUUAAAAGUGACUCAUUUCAAUGCAAGAUUUUUGUUAAUCUAGUUCCAGUUGAACUGUGAAAUGAAAAAAUAUGUGUGUUUAAUUAUCUUAAAACGAAACCACACAAAAUUACAGUUUGCAGUUUAUGUUGCCGAGGUAAUCCGAUCUCUGUGAUACUGGUUGUGUUUAAAGUUUCAUUGCUGACCCCACGGAACUAAAUGAUUUCAUUCAGAUGGCUGCUGUCUCCAGGAGGGCUAAAUGUUCCAUUCUCUCAAAGAUCUUCAACUUUUUCAAAACAGCUCCUGUGACAAUAUUAUAAAGAGAUGCAUCAUUUUGCUUUACCAUAAGU